GCUCUGGCCGUCGACUGUCAGGACGACCUUGUUGCCCUGCUUGACCUCCUUGACCAGGAUGGGCUGCUCCUCGCCAUAGGCUGCGUCCUCUUCCUCCUGAACCACCUCUUCUUCCUCCGUCCGGUCCGCCGUCCGGAUAAUCGAAGGCCGGCGUCGAAUCACUGACGGCCCGCCUAUGCUGCCGAUGAUGGAUGGCGUUGCCAGAUACGGAGACGUCCCAAAGAUGCUGGACUGGGCAGAAGCGCCUUGGAGAGGGCCGGUUCCCCCCAUCUCCUCGUCGACAGGCUUCCCCUCGCCAUCUCUUCCGUGCGCAUCGGCGACAUUGUUGCUCGACCCGGCAAGGGGGCUCCCCAUGCGCGGUGACUCGCCCGCGCCGAGGCCGUCGUAACUCGUCGAGAAAUCGGCGUCGUCGCCGGCCAUCUGCUGCUGCUGCUGCUGGUCGGGAGCAAAGACGAGGCUCGGGCGGCGAGGGAGGACCUCGGGAAAGGCCGCGGCGCGCUGCCAGCUGCGGGCAAAGUUCUUGAAGCUGUUUACGCCGCCCACGUCUGCCAUUGCGGCGAGACGGUCGGUGACGGAGGACCUGACGGCAGGGCUCGAUUAAU